UGUAAGUGAAAAAUCUGUUGGCUUCGUCUGAAGAGAUCAGAAGCAGGAGGAUUUGGCGGCGCCGCUCAUCCGAACCGAAGACAACCCUAGCCGGCGAUUCCAGCAUGACCUCCUCGCCGUUGCCCGGCCGCGGCCGAGGACGUCGAGGCCGUGGACGCGGGCGCUCACCCAGGACACCUCCCCCCUCCGCCCCUCAAGCCCCGGACCCAGAUGCCGCCGCGUCUGCUGUGCCAGAGAAGAAUGAGGUCCCCGCUUCGCCAGGCGCGGCCUGCGCUGCUGCGUCAGAUACCAACAUGGCGGCUCAACAAUCUGUUUCUUCUGGUCGAAUGAUUCUCUUGUUUGGUUCAACAAUCGAGCAGAAAGCUGGGCAACAAAGUGAGCCUGACAUGCUGUCGGCAACCAUUAAUCCAGUGCAGCAUCAGGUGGAUGGUGGAGAAGCCGAUGACAUGGUCGUCAAGGAUGCUCCCCCUGCACAAGAAACACAAGCAUAUAAGCAGGAAGUGGCAGUUGCCGACAUGAAUGAGGAAGCGGCAGAGAACAAAACAGCAGAGGUGAAGGAAUCGGAGGUGGAGGGUGGAGGAGCCAAGGAUAUGGUGACAGAUGUUGAUGCACAGAGUGCAACUGUUGCAGCGUAUGAGCAAGGCAAUGAAGGAGAAGUGGAUGCUGAGCAAGAAGAGGAGGAUCCCGAAGAGGUGGUUUUCGAGGAGGACGAGGAGCCUGUCAGUGAAGGGCAGGCUGCAGCUCAGGACACAGGAGAAAAGGAUCGUGCUAGGGUGGAGGAGCAUGAGCGGAUGGUUAUGUCAGACAUGGCGAAGAAUAGGCAGUUAAAAAAGGAGCUAGAGAUCUUUGUGGGAGGGCUGAACCGUGACGCUGUUGAGGAGGAUAUUAGGAGCGUGUUUGGACAGGUCGGUGAUGUUGUGGACGUCCGUCUCCACAAGGAUUUAUUGACAAACAGGAAUAAGGGAUUUGCGUUUGUGAAGUUCGCGACCAAAGAGCAGGUGUCACGGGCACUUGCUGAGAUGAAGAAUCCUAUGAUACGUGGCAAGCGCUGUGGCAUCGCUGCUAGUGAAGACAAUGAUACACUAUUCUUGGGCAAUAUUUGCAAUACAUGGACAAAGGAAGCUAUUAAGAAAAGGCUGCUUGACUACGGGAUAGAAGGAGUUCAAAGCUUAACCCUUGUUCCUGAUACUCAAAAUGAGGGACAGAGUCGGGGUUUUGCAUUUCUUGAGUUUUCUUGCCACGCAGAUGCGAUGCUUGCAUUCAAAAGGCUGCAGCAACCAGAUGCUAUGUUUGGUCAUCCUGAGAGAACUGCAAAAGUUGCUUUUGCAGAACCAAUAAAAGAACCAGAUGCAGAAGUUAUGGCCCAGGUUAAGUCAGUUUUCAUUGAUGGACUUCCACCAUACUGGGAUGAAGAUCGUGUUAAGGAUCGAUUCAAAGCUUAUGGUGUGAUAGAACGGGUUGUGCUUGCUAGCAAUAUGUCAAGUGCCAAAAGAAAUGAUUUUGGAUUUGUAAACUUCUCAACCCAUGAGGCAGCUCUUGCUUGUAUUGAGGCCACUAACAACACUGAAUUGGGUGAUGAUGGAAAAUCGAAGGUAAAAGUAAGGGUUAGACUUUCGAACCCUUUACCUAAAAGUCAGGCUGUCAAAGGUGGAAUGACUGGCGGGUUUCGAAUUGGAUAUUCUGGGUUUGGUUUUAACAGGCCUGGUAGAGGUUUUAGUAAGGGGAGAUCUGCCCCUCGCCGGGCAGGUUUCCAUGGUGGUAGGGGUUUCAGUAAUCAUGCCUUCGCUCGUGGUGGGAGAUUUAAUUACGCAGCGAAUAACAACAGUUUCGAAGCUUCGCCCUCUAAUUUCCAAGGGAGGCAGGGAUCUGGGUUUCGAGCAGGGGGUAGAUGGCAACCUUCGUCAGUAAGGCAUGGUUCCUUUAAUAGUGGGUUGGGGAGAGGAUACCCUCCAUCUAGAAGGCCGUCAUUUGAGCCUGAGGGUGAUUUUGGUGGACCCUUCGAUGAAAAUCCAUAUUACUAUGCAGAUGUUGGACCUUGUGUUAAGAGGCCAUACUCUCUGAUGGAGCCUGAUCUUGGAUACUUUGAGCCUGGUCCUCCUCGUGUUCGCUCUCGCUUUGACCAUUAUGAGCAGCCAUUUUCUGGGGGGCACAGCUUUGAUCAAUAUGAUCAGCCAUUUUCUGGGGGCCACCGCUUUGAUCAAUAUGAUCAGCCAUUUUCUGGAGGCAACCGCUACAGAGAUUCUUUUGGAAUGGAGAAUGUCCGUUCACGUGACUACUAUGGCCCUGGUCCUGCUCCAGAUCAAUAUGGCCGGGGCACGUUCCCAUCACAUUAUAGAGGCGGGCAUUCUGGAGGCGGGUAUCACUAUUAGGUGGUAACACUGUGUCUCUUGUCAUCUGGUGCGACUUUCUUUUACUGGUCUCAUUUUAUAGUUGCAUCAUGUAGCACAAGCAUCUGUUUAUAUCUGCAGACUGCAGGUGGUGCUCCAGGGCACUAGUGCUUGCGUUGGUAGUCAGAAACAUCAUGCCCUCUAUGUUAGCUACUCCGUUUAGCUGUCAGUUGUCUUGAGAAUUACCAUUGCCGUGCAAAGCAAUAAUUGUUCUAGUUAAGUGACGUGUUUAGGGCCAUGAAUCUCCUUUGAGGAUAUUGCUGGAUGCCUUGAUGAUAUCAUCUACUAGUAGCAUGGCAUGGAUUUACCUCUGUAUCUGACUGGUUGAUUUUGUCGAUUAUGGAUGUCAAAAAGGGACUUCGAACAAUAUAUGUGAUUUUGUUGAAAAUUACCUGAGAUUAUUGAUCUUGAUGCGAGCACAGGGAUAAUUGAUUUGAGGCUGUUAUUGGUAUAUGAUAUUAAAUGCUCGUCUUGGAGGUGUUGGAUGAUUAUGUAGUGGAUCAUGCAGUAUGCAUUCAUGUGAGGUUGUCUGCACGAUACUGCAGUUUAUGGUGUCACAAAUCUUGGGAGUUAGUCAAGUUGUCUCAAGGUUCAUUAAUAGAUUCAGGUUAAUCCAUUACAGUUUAAGUAGUUAGCCUCCUUAAGGUGUGUUCUGUAGGGGCAUGUGUUUGUUUAGAUGUGGGAAGACAAAAGUUCAGGAUGGAUUCAGUUGUUUUGGUGUUACAGUGCUUUUAAAAUGGUUCUGGUCGAUACCGUGCUAGGGAGAGUUGGAUUUUCUGUGCGUGCAGUAAUAUUUGUCAUAUGGAAAUGGACGAGAUAUGGGGAUUUACAGAGAUUCGAUUGGAUUCAUUUUGGUUUAUAUCUGCUUGAAUGAGUUGGGCAUCGGGGGUGGGUAUCACUUUCUCUUCUUUCUUUCUUUCUUUUUGUAGCUUGCUUGUGCUAACUGAUAGUGACAGUGCAUGUUCAACAAACUAGCGAUGGUUAGCUGAUUAUCUUGUUGCUUAAGUUCUCUUUAUGGAUCUGCUGCCCUGUUUUAACACUUGGAACCUCUUUUGCUAACAUAGUUUUUAAGUGAUUCAUUUGGGUGCUAGAAGUCGCAGAUGCAGGUAAGAAAGGUUCGUUGAUAUGCUGUUGGGCCAAUGAAGGCAGAGGUUUCCAUCGGGUUUACGCCAAGCUUCGUAUUUGUUAGCUACAUAUGUUUAAUAAUGUACAUGUACAAAAGCGAAAUAUUUGAUGGAUGCAUGUUUUUAGUAUACUUUGUGUUGUGGAAAGACUCAGGUGCUUAUUCAUUUGUA